AUGAAGAAAGAAACUGAAGAGAGUCUGUAAGCAGCUAUCCAGGUGGUAUGAUACUCCUCUAGCUAAUACAGAUAUGAAGCUAAAUAAAAUAGUAAACCCCUCAGAACUUCCUAUUAAAAGACUCCCCAAUCAGAAAGAUGACCCGUCACCUAACAAGCACCUCAAGCAAUACAAUAGCUUCGAAUAUUCAGAAGGUAUUUCUUACACAGUUGAACAAAAAUCUGUAUUUAAUUAUUUCAAUUUUAUUGGAAAAGCCAACAAAGAAUUGAAAGCAAUUUUCCAUUCCAAUCCACAAAUGAAAGCCAAAGCAUGCCAAUACAAAAAUUGGUCUACUAUUACAAUGUAUCUAAAAGAGCAAUUAAAUAUGAAUCAGAGAUAUAAUAUAGAUGAACUUAAUAAUCAGAAAAUAAUGAUAGACAAUGCAAUUAGUUUUUUCAAAAAAAUUCUUCAGGAUAAUUCGCUGUGUGAACCUACAAAAAAAGAAGAUGUGGUCAAUCAGGGUGUUGACUGGAAAACUGAAUUCAAUUCAGCAUGUGAAAGAAUAUUAAAUCUAUCGGUAGAAAAUAAACAAAAUUUGAAAUCGCUAAUAAUAGGCACCAAGCAAAGCUAUAACAAGAUAAGGGAAAGAAUAUUAGUUCCUAGUUCGGAUUUAAAUAAGCAAAAGAGUUAA